CCUGAAUGACCGCACAGCUUCACACUUCACACUUCACACAUGAGGGAUCGGUUCGUGCAGAUGGAGCUGAUGCUGCAGAUCUGAAAAGAGAAACACAACAGUUGUCCCAACAUGACGGGAAGGACAGUUCUUCUCUUCAGCCUCAUGGCUGCAGUUUGUCUCUGUGUCUCUGCUCAGGAAGAUUGUGAAAAUGUCACCAUUGGCGACAUCGUCUUCCUUGUCGAUGGCUCCUCUAGCAUCAGCGCUCAAAACUUUCAGGAAGUCCGAACAUUUCUCCGCACCAUCAUCAAUGGCUUUGACAUCGGCCCCAACAAAGUUCAAAUCGGUUUGGCUCAGUAUAGCGACAACCCUCACCAGGAGUUCAUGCUGAAGGAUUACGCGGACAAGAAAUCCCUGUUGGCUGCAGUGGAAAGACUUCCCCAGAGAAAAGGUGGCACAUUUACAGGCAAGGCCUUGGACUUCCUCCUGAGACAGUACUUCAACAAGGAGGCUGGGAGUCGAGCCAACAAGGGGGUGCCUCAGAUCACUGUGGUCAUCACAGACGGGGACUCAUCUGAUGACGUGGCACAACCCGCCCAGGAGCUGAGGAGUAAAGGGGUCGUGUUGUUCAGCAUCGGGGUUGGAAAAGUCAAAGAGGAGCAGCUCAGUGCCAUCGCUAACAAGCCGCCUGAACGCUUCAGCCUCAACAUCGACAACUACCAGGCUCUGCAAGCUCUGACCGGCAACCUGCUGUCAACUGUGUGUUACACUAUAGUGCAACAGAGGGAAGCCUUGCUCGAUAAGUUUGCAGAUACCUUCCUCUUGGUGGACAACAGCAUUAAUCUUCGACAGUUCACCAGUUUUAGAAACGAUCUUAUCAAUGAGAUCAAUCAAUACAACAUUGGAGCAUCCGGCUUCCGUUACGGCUUGGCCCAGUACAGCGAAGAAGUUCAGGUUGAAUUCCUUCUCAAAACCCAUCAAACCAAACAGCAGACCCUGAGCGCCCUCCGACGUGUCCGACUACGCCCAAAACCCCAACAACAGCACAACAUGGGCAGCGCCCUACAGUACGCUAAAAGUAACUUCUUCACCGCUGAGGCCGGGGGCCGAGCAGAACAAGGCGCCCGCCAAGUUUUGGUUGUAGUAACUGGAAAAGGCUCAGAUGAUGAAGUGUAUAACUAUGCUUAUGACCUCAAAGACCAAGGCAUAUAUCUGGUGGGGGUGGCGGCACCUGGAGCGAUCGAUGUUGUAAGGAGUCUCGAUAUCUUCGAUGAGGUCUUUGAUUUCGCACUUGUACCUCAGCUGGUGAAGACUCUGACAACCCUGCCAAAGCAGAAUGUCACUCAAGAUUGCAAAAUAGCCAACGUGGCGGACAUCGUGUUUAUCGUUGAUGAAUCCGGAAGCAUUGGAGUCCCCAACUUCCAGUUGAUACGUACGUUCCUGCGCUCGAUGGUCAGCAAUCUGGACAUUGGUCAAACUAAUGUCAGAGUAGGCAUCGUCACGUACAAUGACAUGCCGAGACCGCAGGCCUACCUCAACACAUUCAGAAGCAAGGACGAAAUCCUGCAGUACAUCAACAUCCUGCCUUACAAGGGAGGUGGCACAAACACAGGAGCUGCACUGAACUUCACUCUGGAAAACCUCUUCAUCCCAGCGAGGGGCAGCAGGGCGGGUGUCCAGAAGGUAGCGGUGGUGAUCACAGAUGGUGAAUCCCAGGACAGUGUGAGCGAAGCGGCAAUCCGUCUCCGUCGAGCAGGCGUCACCAUUUAUGCAGUUGGCAUCCGAGCAACUAACAAUACUCAACUGAAGCAGAUGGCGUCCCACCCCAGCUCUAUGCAUGUCUUUCACGUGAGCGAUUUCACCAUGCUGGAGCCUCUGCAGAAAAAACUGCAGAAGAGACUGUGUGUCAACAUUAUUAAAAAGGCAGUCAUAGAGGUUGACAGCAAAACAGACAUCACAGAAGCUUGUAAACAAAAUGAUGAAGCCGAUAUCUUCUUUCUGAUGGACGACUCAGGAAGCAUUCUGCAUGAAGACUUUAGGGACAUGCAGAAUUUCAUAAUUGAGUUUCUUAAUACCUUCCGCAUUGGACAACAACAUGUUCGCAUGGGGUGUGUGAAAUACUCAGAUUCACCCAGUCUAGUGUUUGACCUGACCACAAACACAAAUGUCAAGGCACUGGAGAAAGCUGUGAGGAACAUUCACCACGCAGGAGGCGGGACAAACACGGGACAGGCUCUGUCAUUCAUGGGACCUUAUUUUAAAAAUGCAAUGGUCACUCGUGGAUACAAAGUCCCAGAAUACCUAAUCGUCAUCACUGAUGGAGAAUCUUCUGAUAAGGUCAAAGAACCUGCAAAAGAACUAAGGGAUCAAGGGAUCAUCAUCUAUGCCAUCGGAGUGAAACAGGCAAACCAGACUCAACUCAAUGAGAUUGCAGGCGAUCCCAAGAGGACUUUCUUUGUCAACAAUUUUGAUGCCCUGAACUCCACCAACAUGGGCCUCAUCACAGACAUCUGUUCUUCCGAAGCUUGUAAAGACAUUCCUGGAGAUAUAAUUUUCUUAGUUGACAGCUCCAAGGCCAUCUCCAAAGAGAACUUUGAGAAAAUGAAAGAUUUCAUGAAAUUAGUCAUUGCCAAGUCCAAUGUGGGAGAGACGGAUAUGCACUUUGGCGUCAUGCAGUUCAGCACUCGUCCAAUUCUGGAGUUUAACCUCCUAUCCCACUUCAGGAAAGAGGAGUUGUUGACCGCCAUUGAAACGAUGAAGCAGAUGAAUGAAAGAACUUUUACUGGAAGAGCCCUUAGAGAGGUAUCGCAAUAUUUCGAUGCAGCUCAAGGAGGACGUCCUAAUGUGAAGCAGAGUCUGGUGGUGAUAACAGGCAGUAAGGCCGUAGAUGAGCUGAGAGCCUCUGCUGAAGCUCUGAGGGCCAAGGGAGUAGUGGUCUACAGCAUUGGACUGGAAGACGCCAGCACCUCCCAGCUGUUGGAGAUGAGUGGUUCAUCAGAAAACGUCUUCAAUGAGGGAAGCUUUGACGCACUGAAGGAACUGGACAACCAGCUGGCCUUGAAGUUCUGUGAUCUUCGGAGAGAUUGUAAGAAGACGCAAAAGGCCGAUAUUAUUUUCCUGGUGGACGGCUCCGGAAGCAUAAGUGAAACUCAGUUCCAAAGCAUGAAAAUGUUUAUGAACUCAAUAGUGAAUCUGACAACGGUUGGCCGGGACCUGACCCGUUUCGGAGUCAUUCUCUACUCUAACACACCUCAAUCCAAGUUCACCCUGAAUGAACAUCAAUCCAAAGGAGAAGUUCUUGCAGCCAUAAAUAAACUGGUGGCCCCCGGACAAAAUACCUACACAGGCAGGGCCUUGAACUACUCGCUGGACUACUUCAAAGCUGAACAUGGCGGCCGGAAGCAGCUCAGGGUGCCUCAGAUCAUCAUGGUGAUCACAGACGGGGAAGCCACAGAUCCUGAGAAACUGAAGCCGUCGUCCGAUAAACUGCGGGAUAAUGGUAUCACUGUCUUUAGCAUUGGAGUGAAGGAGGCGAAGCAGGAGGAGCUGUUGGUGAUGGCUGGAGACGACCAGUCCAAAGUUUUCAAGGUGGAACAAUUUGAGGACCUGGAAUUUCUGUACAAGAGUAUUUCUCCUGCCCUCUGCAAUACUACUAAGUCAGAUUGCAGUCAGACAGACUUGGUCUUUUUGCUCGAUUACUCCAGCAGCAUCAACCCAACUGACCACGAGAUAAUGAAAAGCUUCACAGCAGACGUAGUGAACAGCUUUAAAGUUGGCGAAAAGUUCGUUCGUGUUGGUGUCGCACAGUUCAGUGAUCAACCUAAACACGAGUUUUACCUUAAUAGAUAUUACCAGAAUGUGGACGCGACCAGUCACAUCGGGGCCUUGAACUACACUGGUGGGAACACCUACUUGGGAAAGGCCUUGGAGCACAUUAAGAGCUACUUCGAGGAGUCGCUGGGCAGCCGCCAGUCGGUCCCCAGGAGUCUGUUGGUAAUAUCUGAUGGGAAUUCUCAUGAUGAGGUGGAGGAUGAGGCUGACUAUCUCCGGGAUAUGGGGAUUGAAAGGUUUGCCAUUGCCGUUGGCGACGUCUACGACCUUAAGCUCCUGCAGAUCACUGGCACCCCAGAGAAACUGUUCACGGUACAAAACUUCGACAGCUUGGCAAAUAUCAAGACCAAGGUCAUCAAGGCCCUCUGCAAAGACGAACCCAAACCCCUAUCCGUCUGCAGCAUCGACAUCGCUGUUGCAUUCGACAUCAGUCGCAAAUCCGGAGCGCCAGGUUCGAAUGUGAUUGGUCGCCGGGUCCAACAGCUGGAGGACAUCAUCAGCGCCAUCUCCUCAGUAGGAGACCUGUGCUGCAUGAAAGGGGCACCACCUGUCAAGACCAAGAUCGCCUUCCACGUGGUGGACUCGUACGACACAAACUUUGAGUUUUACAGCGAGGACGUGGUGAGGAAGGUCUCGUCUUAUUCAGUGACACGUCGGACCUACUUUAACUCAUCCAUGCUCAGGUUCUUCAAGGACAGGUUCCAAACCAAGUCCACAGCCAGCGUCAAGGUGCUGUUGAUCUUCACAGACGGACUCGAUGAAAACCCAGUGAAGCUGAAGUAUGAGGCAGAGCUGCUGAGAACAUCCGGGGUUAGCGCUCUGCUAACGGUGGCUCUGGACAAUGCUGACCAUGCUGAACUGCAAAUGGUGGAGUUUGGUCGAGGAUUCACCUACUUGUAUCCUCUCAGGAGGCCGAGCACCAUCCUCCAGCAGAUUAGCGCCGUGGCAGAUCGGGAGUGCUGCGGGGUUAUGUGCAAAUGUUCAGGGCAUGAAGGCAUCCGGGGUCUUCCAGGCAGAAAGGGGACGAAGGGUGGACUGGGACAGAGAGGGCAGCCGGGCUUCCAAGGAGAAGAAGGAGUCAUGGGUGACCGAGGGCCUCCAGGAUCACCUGGACUUCAAGGCAUCCAGGGUUGUCCUGGACAAAGAGGACAGAAGGGCUUCAGAGGCAUCUCAGGCACCUUGGGUGAGAAAGGAGAGGAUGGACUGGAUGGAAUCGAUGGAGAGCAGGGAGACACUGGACGAGCCGGACUAGCAGGAGACAGAGGACGUCCUGGAAACCAAGGCAUCCCAGGCAUCAGAGGGGAGGAGGGCCCGAAAGGACAGCGAGGACUAAGAGGAGAUCCGGGUGAACCGGGUCGAGACAACACUCAGCGAGGGCCUAAAGGAGGCGUUGGUAACCCAGGGAUACCGGGAACUCCUGGACAGAACGGACGUCCAGGUGAGGGUGGGACCGCAGGAAACCAGGGUCCAGAUGGAAGACGAGGCCCCAGCGGUGUGAAGGGGGACCCUGGUCUACCAGGAUCUCCAGGACUCUCAGGUGUCCCUGGAGCUUCUGGUCCUCAGGGACCCAGAGGAGACAAAGGUGAUCGUGGACCGAAGGGACUCCCUGGAUUUUCUGGACCUCAGGGUGAACGUGGACUACCUGGAGACCCAGGACCAGUCGGACGUCGAGGCCAUAACGGACAGAAGGGCCAACCAGGAGAGCCGGGCAUUAAAGGAGCUCCAGGGUCCCAGGGAGCCAGAGGAGCACCGGGUCUGGACGGCAGGGAUGGAUAUGGACCUCAAGGACCUCCAGGUGUUAAGGGAGAUCCAGGCUUUCCUGGAUACCAGGGCCCAGUGGGUGAGGAUGGAGAGCCGGGACCUAAAGGAUACCCGGGACAAGAUGGGAACCGGGGGAGAAGGGGGAACUCAGGGGAGUCAGGAAAACCAGGUAUUCCUGGAGACCCAGGACGUCCAGGACGUAUGGGCCCCAGAGGACCUCCUGGAGGCAAAGACAUGACUGAGUGUCAGCUGGUCUCCUACAUCAGAGAGAACUGUGCUUGUUCCCAGGGUGAGUCAGCGUGUCCGGCCUUCCCCACCGAGCUGGUCUUUGGCCUGGACAUGUCUGACGGCGUGACGCCGGUCGCCUUCGAGAGGCAGCGUUCGGCCCUCCUGUCCCUGCUGGAGGACAUCAGCAUCGCCGAGAGCAACUGUCCGACGGGGGCCCGGGUCGCCGUGGUGGAGUACAACACCUACACCAAGUACCUGAUCCGCUUCCAGGAUUACCGCCGCAAGGACCAGCUGAUCGAAGCUGUGAAGAAUAUCGCCCUGGAGAGGACGUCCAACAGGAGGCAUCUGGGCGCCGCAAUGCGCUUUGUGGGUCAGCACGUCUUCAAAAGAGUCCGAUCCGGAGUGAUGAUGAGGAAGGUGGCUGUCUUCUUCUCUGACGAACCCACACAGGAAGUGAAUGACGUCGUCACUGCUGUGAUGGAGUACCGUGGUCUGAACAUCGUCCCGGCCGUCAUCUCUCUGAGGAACUCUCCUGAUGUCAGACGAGCGAUGGAGGUCGAUGACUCGGGGAGGUCCAUGUUCGUGGUGCUGGGUCGGCAGCAGAACCAGGACCUGAGGAGGGUCAAGAACUGUGCCAUCUGUUACGACCCGUGCCGGCGCUCAGAGGAGUGUUCCUUCAUCCAGGAUGAGCAGAGGCCUCAGGAGGUGGAGGUGGACCUGGCCCUGGUGGUGGACAGCUCCAGGGAGGUGCAGGCUGACGAGUACGCUGGCAUCCAGCAGCUGCUGGGCUCUGUGGUGGAGCAGCUGGCCGUGAGCCCUCAGCCCCGCCGAGCCGGCAGCCAGGCCCGAGUGGCCGUAGUCCAGCAGAGUGGCCUCCAGACCAAGGCAGAGUUCAACCUGCAGACCUACCAGAACCAGAAACAGAUGAAGACCUACCUGACCCAGACCAUGAGGCAGCAGGGCGGCUCCUCGCUGCUGGGUCAGACCCUGGACUACACCCUGAAGGAGGUGCUGCUGCAGGCCAGCCAGCCCCGCAGGAGGAAGGCUGUGCUGACCGUGGUGAGCACCCAGACGGCCUGGGAAGACCGGGCCAAGCUGCACUACGUCUCCCAGAAGGCCAAGUGUGAGGGGGUGGCGCUGUUCGUGGUGGCGCUGGGCGGUCGCUACAACCGGACCCAGGUGGAGGAGCUGGCCAGUCUGCCGGUAGCACAGCACCUGGUCCACGUCAGCAGACUGAAGGAGGAGGAGCAGGGCUACGUCCAGCGCUUCUUCAGAGCCUUCCUCUCCACCCUCAACAAAAACACGAACAUAUAUCCUCCACCUUCAAUCAAACGAACCUGCAGCCAGCUGAGGGAAAUAGAUGAUGAUCUGCCCAGUAUGGGCUCCGCCUUACCGGAGGAUGAGUAUUCAGAGAUGGCCGACCAGCCCCGGAUUGUAGUCAGGACUCCCUUAGAACCACUGGAGGUCAACACUCUGAGGGCAGGAGACAACCAGGGUCCACGUCCAGGAGCUCACAUCAGAGACGUCUGCCUCCUCAGGAAGGACCGAGGAACCUGUGACCAGUUCUCCAUCAUGUGGUUCUACGACAGCCAACAAGGAAUCUGCACCAGGUUUUGGUACGGAGGCUGUGGAGGCAACAAGAACCGCUUCAGGAGUCAGAAGGAGUGUGAGAAGGAGUGUCUGAGGAAGAGCUGAGGAGGAGGAGGAGGAGGAGGAGCCGUCAUCUUCAUCAGUUUAUUCUAGUGUGAACUUCAUGAGUCUGAGUCUCAGCAGGAGCUGGUGGAGACUUUCCUUCAGGUGCUAUCAUUGUUGUUAUUGUUUUUAUCUACGACUGAAACCAAACCAACCACACAUACAACUCUUCUGGAGCUUAGUCACGUCACUGCUGCUCCUCUGUUUCAUACCUUCAUUAAAAUAUCUUUUUCAGAUAAAAA